AGUUUUGCUUAGAGAGUCUGAGUGAUGGAAGAAACAAGAGUUAGGCUUUCUCACGAACAAUCAUCCAGUAAAAAAAUGAUAAAACCCCUAAACCCUCAUUUAUCAGAGGAUAUCUGCCUUGCAAUAUUUCUCCGUUGCCCUUUAGAGGAUAUCUUUAAGUUCAAGUGUAUAUCAAAGGUAUGGAAUUCUAAUCUCUCUAGCCCUAGUUUCAUUUACAAUUGGAUGCAGUACAAUUAUUCUGAUGAUCUUCCAUGGAAUCUGCUAUACAAAUAUGAAAGUGAAUGUUGUGUUGCACAUUUGUAUUCUCACUCUCGAUUGAUUUCGAAUCAUUCUUUUAGAUUUCUAAAUCCAGAUAAAGAGACGGUAACGCCUUUAUGUUCGAGUAAUGGUUUAGUCUUAUGUGCCAAGAGGAUAAAAAUUAAGUGGCAUUAUUAUGUUUGUAAUCCACUCACCCAAAAAUCGUUUUUACUUCCUAUACCACCAAUACCUCAUUUGAAAAGUGCAACCUGUUUCACAUGCGAGAUUUCUUCUGUAUCCACAACAUACAAGGUUUUGCGUAUACCCCUCCCAGAUAAAAAGAGAUGUGACAGUUACAAAUAUCAAAUUCAAGUAUAUGCUCCUGGUUUUGAGAAAUGGAAAGUCUAUCAUAUUCCUGCUGCUCAAGGUGUCAAAUGGGGACUAACUAACUAUGACAGUCCUGUAGUUAUGCAAGGUGAAAUGUUCUAUUGGAUGGAAAAGAGAGAGACAAUCAUAGCUUUCAGUGAAACUGGUGUUUCUGAACUUAAUUUACCUGGCUUUGCUUAUAAUGUUAGUAAUUUAGUGCGCUGUCUUGGGGAAUCCGAAGGAAUGAUCCUUUAUGCUCGUAUUAGAAGACGAAUUGAAAGAGAGACUUUAGAACUAAGUGUUUGGGAGCUCAGGGAGGAGAACUUCCUCUUGUUGCACAAAAAUAUUCCAUUAUGUGGUCUCUUUGCAAGAAUGAACAGCAAAUUGGAUGGUAUUUUAUUGAAUAAUGGUUGGGGUGACCGAAUCCAGGUCAGUUUUAGUCCGGCAGACCGAAAUGUUAUUCUGAUUGGUUGCGAAAAUUAUGUUUGGAUGUACAACAUAAACACCAAAGUAUAUUCUGAGCUCCGCCAACCUUGUUCCGCCACUGACAAUUAUUCACGUAGUUGUCCACCUUUAGCAUUGAAGGCAAUGCCGACGAUAGUUCCAACUUGAGAGACGUAGCCCCAUACUGUUAGUAUAUUGAGAGGAUCUGAAAAUAAAUAUGAAGAACAUCACGGUGUUCGGAUACAGGAGGACCAUGCUCUUGUUAUCGCUGCUCAGCUAUCCAGUCAGCAUAUUACUGGUAUCUUUCUUGCUCUUGCUGUGGCUUACUAUCGGUAUCAGUUACGUUGAUUUGUGUUUGAGUAUAUAGACUAAGAUUAUACUGUUAAUCCCAGCAUGUUUGGUAAUUUGUGUUGAAUAUUGGAUAUAUCAUCAGUCACAUGGACUACUACUAAACCUCUUGGUGCUUCAUAGUUGUUCUUCGGGAUGUGCAGAUUAGUAAAUUUUGUCUUGCUUCCUUAUUGUUAGAUAUUGUUGUCUGACUAGCUGCAAUAUUCUAGUUAGUUUGUGUAUUGAAUGGAAGAUGUUGGUUUCUGGUGUCUCUUUUGGGAAUCGUCUGCCUGACAAGGCAAUUGAUUUGGUUGAUGAAGCAUGUGCAAAUGUAAGGGUUCAGCUUGGUAUUGGUCAACCUGAGGAGAUAGAUAAUUUGAGAGAAAGCGGAUUCAAGUAGAAGUUGAACUUAAUAGGUUUUCUCAAUAGUGUUGUCUUGCUUUGUUAUGCUCCCACUUUAUAUGUUCGAAAGAAGCUGGAUGAUUUGGGAAACACCAUUCUGCCAUUGUUGGUGACGUACAAGAAAGAGAAAGCUUUAAUUUAUGAAUUUCGAAAACUUUGACGGAAAAGACAGGAAAUAACAGUUGCGGUUGACCUAAAAAUAAAGGGGAUCUUGUUAAAGCUGCAGACUUGCAGUACGGGGUUCUUCAAGAAAUAGAAGUUGCCUUAACCAAUCUUGAAGGAAGCAUUGGUGAAAACUCAAUGCUUACGGAGGCAGUGAGACCUGAACAAAUUGCAGAAGUAGUAAGCUGUUGGACCGGUAUUCCAUUUACGAGACUCGGGCAGAAUGAAAAGAAAAGAUCGAUUGAGAUUGGUGAGAGGUUGCACAAGAGAGUAGUUGGAUAAGAUCAAGCAGUAUCUGCAAUGGCAGAGGCUAUUUUGAGGUCUAGGCUGGGCCAGGUCGACCACAACAGCUGACAGGAUCAUUCCUCUUCUUGAGACCAAACUGGUGUUGGUAAGAUUGAGCUAGUGAAAGCCCUUGCUGAACAGCUCUUCGAUGAUGAGAACCUUCUUAUCAGAAUAGAUAUGUCUAAAUACAUGCAACAACUCUAGGUGUCUCGGUUGAUUGGAGCUUCUCCUGGAUACGUGGGCCAUGAAGAAGGUGGGCAGCUUACAGAAGUUGUAAGGAGGAGACCUUACCGUGGUUAUAUUGUUUCAUGACGUUGAGAAGGCUCAUACUUCAGUUUUCAACGCCCUCCUCUAAGUUCUUGAUGAUGGUAGACUGACUGAUGGCCAAGGACUCACGGUUGACUUUAACGAUUCAGUUAUCAUCAUGACCACAAACCUUGGAGCCGAACACUGGACUCAUGGGCAAUGCACAAUGCAGACAGCAAGAGAGAGAGGGUGAUGCAAGAGGUGAAAAAGCACUUCAGGGGCCAGAGCUGCUUAAUCGACUUAACAAAAUUGUCGUCGGCGAUCAAUUGAGGAAAGUAGGCAGAUUUCAGAUGAGAGACGUGGCUUCUUGCUUGGCUUAGAGGAGAAUUGCACUAGCCGUGUCAGAUGCUGCAUUGGAUUUGGAUGUUGUACUGACUGAAAUCUACAUUCUGGUUUACGGUGCUAGACCAAUCAGGAGGUGGCUAGAGAAGUGGUGACAGAGUUGCCAAAAAUGCUUGUUAAAGAGGGGGUUGAUGAGAACUCUCCUGUGUAUACUAAUGCAAGUAUAGAUGGAAAUGAAUUUUCUCAUCGAGUGCAUCAUACAGGGUAAUAAGAUAUUGACAAAAAUAAAAUGCUUCUCUUUUUAUUAUUGCCAAUCAAGAAGCAUCUCACAGCUUAGAUAUGCUGUCCUCUUUGACUUUUAGGCACAGCUAUUGUCUUCCUCUUCCGACGGGUAGUCUAACAUCAUCCGGUGGUCCUAUAAAUGUCUUUACAUUUUCUUUUCCUAGUGCUUGCAUUGAGACGAAACUGUUGACAUGUGAUAAUGGUGUUCGCCAUAUCCCUAUGUGUACAUCUCCAGAUCUCUGUUGAAGUUGUUUAUUCUACCGAAUAUGUGCAUGAUAAUCAACUAUAACUG